AUGUCAUCCCCAACGGCAUCGCACUGGUGUUACAGGUGCUCCCGCUUUGUUCGUCUCUCCAAUGCUCAGGACCACAUUGCUUGCCCCUUCUGCCGGAGUGGCUUCGUCGAAGAGAUCCUGGCCAACCCAUUAUCGGACCGUCGUCUCAGCCCAUCUCCGUCUGCGACCAUGUCCAUCUUCACCCUUGAACCUCAGAAUUCCUUCCAUUUGAGGAGACAAGGGCUCCGGAGGAGAAGCCGUAAUGCCGGCGGCCACUCUUCCUUUAACCCGGUGAUUGUUCUUCGCGGACCCGCCCAGGGUGGUGCUGGAGAAGACGGUGCAGGUCAUGAAAGAAGUAGCAGCUUCCAUCUGUACUAUGAUGACGGUGAUGGCUCCGGUCUCCAACCGUUACCGCCGAAUAUCUCGGACUUAUUGCUCAGGUCAGGCUUCGAUCGGUUGUUGGAGCAUUUUUCUCAGGCAGGAAAUAAUGGCCUCGAGCGGUUGGAGAACCUACCGGCGUCCAAAACGGCCAUUGGAUCAAUGCCGACGAUUGAGAUAGGGGAGGGCCAUGUGAGUACGGAUACACACUGUGCCAUUUGUAAAGAAGCGUUUGAGCUCGGUUCAGAGGCGCGAGAAAUGCCUUGCAAGCACAUUUACCAUUCGGACUGCAUUGUUCCGUGGCUUUCAACGUGCAACUCGUGCCCUGUGUGUCGCAACGGGUUGCCUUUGGAUGGAAACAAUCGGGAAAGCAGAGUCUCCAGGCAAAUCGAUGAAGAAACGAUUGGAUUGACGAUAUGGAGGCUACCAGGCGGAGACUUCGCCGUAGGAAGGUUUCCCCACGAUGAAGGUGAUGGAGAGAGUCAUUUGCCAGUUGUAUCCACAGAAAUGGAUGGUGUGCUCAGCGCAAAUAGCGUUCCUAGAAGAGUCUCCCGAGCAAUGAGAGGUAUCAGACUUCGCGAAAGUCGUGGAUUGAACAGAAUAUUUCGCAACUUCUUGGCAUUCUUCGGGAGGCUAGGGUCUAGGUCAACUUCAUCCUCCUCUUCAUAUUCCAUUUCUCAAGAUGGAACCAUGAGUAGAAGCCUCAGGCAGUUGAGUUCGGUAUUCACAAGGAACUCGCAGAGCCAAAGUAGAAAUUGGAUAAUGGAAGAUUAA